UCGGUCGUCCGUGGUCCUUAGAGAUGGAGAACGCACUUCUACCAUGGAAGAGUUUCAGUUGCGACUGAGUAUGGAUAUAUCUGAUUCCUCAACCUCAUCUGACGGCCCUACGCGCACAUUUUCCUCCUCAUCUGAGGAUUCCACCUCCAUGGAUGCUUCAGAAAUGCACUGAAGCUACUAACAUUGCAGCUGUUGUUAUGAGCUUUAUAUUUUGAAAGGAAGGCAGAUGUCUUACCAGGUAAAAUUUUAGUAUCAGAGUAUAAUUUUUAUAGUUUUUAUUUUUUUUC